CUUCAAUGUUGAGAAAAACUCUAACUUCAAUCCAACGAAGAAGACAACACUUCUCUUCUUCUUCUUCUCCCUCUCCUCCAGAAAGUCAAUCCCUUUACUCAUUCCUCAAACCAUCUCUCUUCUCCCACAAACCAAUCUCCCUCUCCCCUCCUCCUCCUCUCCCUUCCAAAACCCUAACCCAAGACCAAGUUUCCUCCUUUGAAUCAACCCUCCACUCCUCCUUAACAACCCACGACACAGACCAAGCAUGGAAAGCCUUCAGAUCCCUCACAGCCGCUUCCUCCCUCCCCAACAAGCCUCUCCUCAACUCCCUCAUCACCCACCUCUCCACAGAAACCACCUCACCGCACAAACUCAAACGCGCCUUCGCAUCCGCCGCUUACGUCAUCGAGAAAGAUCCAACCUUUAUCGAACCCAACACUCUCCUCACUCUCUUCCAAUCCAUGAAACUCGCUAAAGCUCCUUCCCCUGCUUUGGCCUUAGUCAAAUGCAUGUUUAAAAACAGAGUCUUUAUCCCCUUUGAUCUCUGGGGAGGUUUGGUUAUCGAUACCUGCCGUGAAAGUGGGAUCUUGUCUUCGUUUCUCAAAGUGUUUAAGGAAAGUUGUAGACUUGCAAUAGAUGAGAGGCUUGAUUACAUGAAACCUGGUUUGCUUGCGUGUAACGCUGCUCUUGAAGCGUGUUGUAGGGAGAUGGAGUCUUUGGAUGAUGCUGAGAGUGUGAUUGAGUUGAUGGCUUUGAUGGGUGUGAAGCCUGAUGAGUGUAGCUUUGGGUUUCUUGGCUAUUUGUAUGCGAGAAAAGGGUUUAAGGAGAAGGUAAAGGAGGUUGAGAGUUUGAUGGAUGGGUUUGGGUUUGGUGGUAGUAAGAGAGUUCUUUAUUCGAGUUUGAUUAGUGGUUAUGUUAAGAGUGGUGAUUUGGAUAGCGUUUCUGAUGUUGUUCUUAGAGGAGGUUGUGGUUUUGGUGAGGAAACGUAUUGUGAGAUUGUGAAAGGGUUUGUAGAGAGUAAAAAGGUGAAGAGUUUAGCUACAUUGAUUAUUGAAGCUCAGAGAUUGGAGUCUGAGUCUGUUGAGAUUGAGAGAUCAGUUGGGUUUGGGAUUAUAAACGCUUGUGUGAAUCUUGGAUUGUCUGAUAAAGCACAUAGUGUUUUAGAGGAGAUGAUUGCUCAAGAAGGAUCUGUAGGGCUUGGGGUGUACUUACCAAUCUUGAAAGCAUAUAGCAAAGAGUACAAAACAGCUGAAGCUACUCAGCUUGUUACAGAGAUAAGCAGCUCUGGUUUACAGCUAGAGGUUGAGAUCUACAACGCUUUGAUAGAAUCCUCCAUGACUAAUCAAGAUUUCGUUUCAGCGUUUACGUUAUUUAGGGACAUGAGAGAAGCAAGAGAGGUGGAUUUGAAGGGUAGUUACUUAACGAUCAUGACAGGACUCCUUGAGAAUCAGAGACCAGAGUUAAUGGCAGCGUUUCUAGACGAAGUUGUGGAGGAUCCUCGAGUUGAAGUGAAUUCACAUGAUUGGAACUCGAUUAUUCACGCCUUUUGUAAGUCAGGAAGGUUAGAAGACGCGAGGAGGACGUUUAGGAGGAUGGUUUUCUUGCGUUAUGAGCCUAAUAACCAGACGUACUUGUCUUUGAUUAAUGGUUAUGUGAGUGGUGAGAAGUACUUUAAUGUCUUGCUCCUGUGGAAUGAGAUCAAAGGGAAGGUAGCGUGUGUUGAUGCGGAGAAGAGAGCUAAGCUGGAUCAUGGUUUGGUUGAUGCGUUCUUGUAUGCGUUGGUGAAAGGAGGGUUCUUUGAUGCGGCGAUGCAAGUGGUGGAGAAGUCUCAGGAGAUGAAGAUAUUUGUGGAUAAGUGGAGGUAUAAGCAAGCGUUUAUGGAGACUCAUAAGAAGCUUAGGUUGCCUAAGUUGAGGAAGAGGAACUACAAGAAGAUGGAGUCUCUUGUUGCUUUCAAGAACUGGGCUGGUCUCAGCACAUGAGAAAAGCCAUAGAUGUUGUAUGUAGCUGGUGUUCUGACACGUGGAGUUGCUGAUAUGGAGAGCAGUAGAUUAAGAGAAGCAGCCAAGGUUUGAUUAAGACAAGCUAAUCCUUAUACUGUUGGAAUACAUUUUGGUUUAAUGAAAUUUGCAGAACAAAAUGGAUUAAUUCUUUCAUUUUGUUCAAUCUUUUUCGCCUUUUAAUCGCAUAAUUUUCAAAGGAUUAUCCAUUUUAUGUGUGUUGUUCUG